UUUCGGCCUGCAUCGACAUCGCCUUCACGAGUAUGGCCUCGAAGAUCCCCCAGGCAACUAGCGCGGCGAGUCCCGGCGUAGAAAGUCGAACUAUCGACGUCGUCGUCGACACCUCCGCUUUAGAGGGGGAGACCAGACAGCUCAUUCUGAAGAGCGUACCGACUCCGAUAUCUUUCGAGUACCUCGCCAAGCGUUUGGAAGCUAAUGGCUGUCCCGCACCCAAAAACUUUAUUACUCGCUCGCAAAUAGUCUCAGCAGAUGUCACAGAGGAGAAAUCCAGUCUCGAUCUCGGCUUGAUGGCCGGGUCUGUCAAUGCCGAUGAGCCACUGUGUCGCUACUAUUAUCGAUAUUUCCUACAAUCCACCGCAGCAACAGAGGCUAGAAAUCCGAACAUCAGAAACCAGCCGUUUGGGGACGUCAACACCGCCAGAUUCGGCUGGCGUGACGACUUGAUUCAUGUCGGUGGCGUAAAUAUCAGCUUCAUGAGAACGGUCAGGGUACCUGAUGACCGCAGGACCUACUCGAUACCCACUAGCCUCGGCAAAUUUCCACUAUUCAACGCCGCGACCCUAGCUAACCGACUUCCACAGUCG